AUGAAUACAACAUUGGUAUUGAUUAAACCGCAUGCAUGUCGGGAGAGGUUCCUCGAUGUUGCGCGUGAUCAUUUUGAUUAUUAUGGGAUUCGUGUGGAUGACAUGUUGCUUUUGACGGGACAACAGGUUCGUCGAGGAGCAUAUGUCGAACGCCAUUACAGCUCAGUAGCUGCUGUUUCCGCUUGCCCGUCCGAAGAUUUGACUGUUUAUGUCUCAGAGGAGACGGCAUCCCUUUUCUUUGGUGCCUUUGGUGAACUGUGGGAAACUGUGGUGGAGCAGCGACGGGUUCUCACACCAGAGGAUGCCAUGACUAUUCUUGGUCUUACGCCGGAAGAGCUUAGUGUACGUUGGUGGGCUUCAAAAUCGCGUGCUCGGCUUGAACACGGCUUCUAUGUAUCUUAUUUACAGGAGGAACAAAUGUACCUGAUAAAUGGGUUUUACCCAGCGUUGCUUGAUUCUUUUACUGCUCCCGAAAGUCAAACGUGUAUUCUUCUUCUUUCAUGGCCGGAAGCAAAAUAUUCUUGGAAACGUUUUCGUUUAGAAGUACUUGGUGCAGCUGAUCCACGUGAAGCGGAAUCCACUUCUCUUCGUCGCCUGUUGUAUGAUAAUUGGGAAACAUAUGGAUUAGAUGAACAGCCAAGUCUUAUGAAUAACGGCCUGGAAUCUUCAAGUGGUCCUCUUGAAGCUUUGGCACAACGAUUUGUUUGGAUGCAUCGACGUGCAACUGAGGAUGAUUAUGGUCGUGCAUUGCUACGGGAGGGUAUUUCGCUAGAAUUUUUGGAAAAACUCGUGAAAAAUCCUAUCUUAACAUAUAGAGGGGAAACUCGAUCAGUAUUUGAACUUUUGGAGAAUAUGCAAAGUAGCGAGGUACUUCAUCAUGCUGCAAUUAUUUUCGCAAUGGAAAAACAGAAGAAAAUAAAUAAAUCAUCUAUUGGUUAUGGGGAAUCUGAUACAACUUCGCCUUCGGCUGAUUGGACUAUUGUUUUGGAGGAUGAAGAUGCUGAAGAACGACGAAACAGAGCUUUAGUAUUUGUGAAACCACAUGCUAAUACACCUGAAACUCGUGCCCUUGUGGAGGAACGUUUAAUGCAAGUUGAAGGAAUGCAAAUUGUUAGUCACCGCCAUGUUAUGGGUAAAGAGAUUGCUUCACGACAAGUGAUGGACAAACAUUAUGGAACAAUAGCUCGCUAUGCUGUCAAAGUAUCACCGUCAAGUAUUAACGUUAGUGUACAGAAUAGAGCUAUAUUUAAGGAAGUUUUUGGUAUUUCUUGGAAAGAAGCAUUAAAAUGCGGACGUGUAUGGAAUGCUGAAACUGCUUUGCAUGUCCUUGGAGAAAUAUCCUCUGAUGAACUUUAUGCUAUGUGGGGAUCAUGUGCAAAGACUGUUAAACUCACUGCUGGGGCGUAUGUGGCUCACUUUUGUAAUGAGGGAGUUUUCGUAAUAAAUGGUUUUUACCCUUACCUUAGAGAUACAUACAGUGCUGAGGAUGCGAGGGUAACUUGCUACGUUCUCUCUUGGCCAGAAAAAUGUUUGACUUGGCGGGCAUUUCGUGAAGAAUUGAUUGGUAGUACAAAUCCUGGAAAUGCAGUGUCUAAUAGUCUCCGUGGUUUAAUACGAGAUCGAUGGCGGGAUUUAGGGCUUCAACAUCCACCAACAACUACAGACAAUGGUGUUCAUGCUUCUGCAGGACCAUUUGAAGCUGUAUUGGAGCGACAUUUAUGGACUUGUUCCCCCCUUACACAUGAUCCUCUUGCGUUAAGAUUGCAAGAGUCUGGUUUGACAGGAGCUCUCUUAUACCGUUGGAAAUCUAACCCGGAAGUGGUGUUGCAGAACGGGAGACGUACAGGUUGCAUAUUUGAUCUUCUUGAAAAUCUUCAAACCUCUGAAAUGGUGGAUAUUAUGCGUGAAGCAGAGGAACAGGCACUAACAAUGUGUACCGAAACCCCAAUGAAUAGGGGUGUGGUAAUAAUCAGACCCUUUGCGCUUAAUGAUCUUGUGAUUGAAAAAGUGAGGCAAACUCUCAUUACUGGGGAAAUACGUGUAACCCGUGAAACUUCUCUUUUCAGUAACUAUGUGGUGGAACACUAUCUUAAAAGUUCUUCUUUUCGUGCCAUGGAACAACUUGCUGAUGCUAAAAUGGAUGAAUUACGAGAUGAUGUUAGCCCAAUUAUUAAAAGUAAAUUUAAGGAGCUUUUUCACUUUGCUUGGGAUUGGUGCCUGAUAGGAGGUAAGUUACUUGGGGCUACUGAGGCAUGUGAGGAACUUGGACUUACGUCUACAGAACUUUUACAAUUAUGGGAAGAAUCUGAACAGAAAUGUGUAACAAAGUCUUGUUUUAUUGCGGAGUUAAAGUCUCACAAUAUUUAUCUCAUAAACGGCUUUAUUCCUUUUGUUCGUGAAUGUUAUGGAAAACCAGGAAACCGUAUCUACCUUUUUGAAGUAGAAUGGAAAGAAAAAUCCUGGACGUGGAAUGAUUUUUGUAAUGUGCUAAUUGGCAACAAAUCUGAUCCACGUACCGCCACAGAAGGAAGUUUACAACGUAUAUUUGCAGAUGAGUGGGAGAGUUUUGGUCUAGUGCGACAACCAAUGUCAGAGACGACAGCUGCAUUGUACGUCUCAGAGGGGCCUUUAGAGGCUGCUGCUGAUCGAGAGAUGUGGCUUGGAGUUGAUCUUUCCGAAGACCCAUUUGUACAACAACUUAUGCUAGAAGGUGUACCUUUAUCACUACUACUACCAUAUGUGCGAGAUGAAACAUUGGAAAAUGAAAAAAGAGAUGAUAAUGAUGAUGAUGGAAAGAAAAAACAAUAUACAAUAAAUGGUUUUGGAGAGAAUUUUACACGAACUAAGCUUUCUCAGUACCAGCAAAGUAGUGAAGUAGUACGACGUCUAAAAGCGCUUACCUCUCGUUUUAUACGUGACAUAAAGAUGAACUAUGCUUUUAUUUGGGUAAAACCUCACGCAUGUACUACUGAAGUAGUAGAAUGGAUUCCACAAGUUUUAGAGGAACAUCGCCUUGAGGUAAUAUCUUCUGGUCAUGUCAUGAUGGAAGAAGUAAUUGGGAAAAGACUUGUUGAUCAACAGUAUUAUGCUUUAUACCGUAAUGCAAUGUCGCGCCCUAUUGAAGAGAUACCUAUUACGACGACACAAAUGGUAGAAUUUGAGCGGACUUUUGGCAUUUCAUGGUGUACAGCUGUGAAUCUACACAUGUUGAUAAAUGCGGGCCAAGGUGUGGAACGGUUGGGGGAGGUGGGAAUGCUGGAUGCAUGGAAUAACGCCUCCCGUAAGGUGUGUCUCUCACCUUCCCUGUAUGUUGCCUACCUUGAGGAGGAGGGUCUCUUUCUCAUCAACGGCUUCUACCCGUACCUCCGCUCCCGCAUGUACACCGGGCCCCGCAUCUACUGGUUUAUUGUGGCGUGGGACGGGGAGAUCAUGACGUGGGAGGACUUCCAGGGGUACGUUGUGGGCGACUCGGUGCCGUCGGCGGCGGCCACGGCCUCACUGCGGCACGGGCUCCUCACAUCGUGGGAGGCGUUGGGCCUCGUGCGGCCGCCGGACGGUAUUGACAACGGCGUGCACGCAUCGCCAACGCCCAUGGCGGGACUCGCCGACCGCAUCGCGUGGCUUGGCACCCCCGUGGAGGAAGAUGUCUUUGGGCGGCUGCUCCUGCAGGGCGGCGUCAGCGCGGAGUAUCUCCACACACUCCUUCGCAACCCACUCGUACGGCACAGAGAUGAGCCGGUGGACGCGGUGAGUGAGGCGUUCGAUAAGAUGUGUACAGAGAACCCACUCCUGUUAGCACAAUUGAUUGGGCUACAGUCAUCAGGGGGAAUGCAACUCAUCACAUCAGAAACACAGAAAGAAAGUUCACCCACGCUCUCCCCAGCAGAUGAAAUGCUAAAAGACGAAAAGAAAAAUACGAAUGGUUCCAAAGAAUUGUUAACAUCGGUGCAAAAAUCUAAUGGGCAUGUUACUUCUUUCACAUCCACUGUUAACAAGGACAAUAAUACUGCUUCAGUUCCUGCAUCAAUAUUGUCAGAUAAAGCAGUAUUACCUCAGUCGUUCCGUCGAAAUUAUGCUUUUCUUGUGGUAAAUCCGAAAUGUGCGUCUGCUGAAAAGGAGGAACUUAUGACUGUCUAUAUCAAUGACUUUUUGGUGCGUCACAAAAUAAGAGUUGAGGCAGGAGGUAGUGCUAGGGCUAUCGCACCAGCAUUACGUCAUAUGGCAGAAGAACUCCAAUCAGAAGUAUUCAAGUACGCUAUUAAACAGACCCCAUCUCAGUAUGCUAUAGAUUCAGCUGCAAUGUGUGCUUUUCACAAGUAUUUUGAUGAUUUAUGGGAUCCCCAUACGGUUCGCAAUGCUGUGGAUGCUGCAGUGGAGUUUAACGCAUCAGCACUCAAACUGAAAGAGAUGUGGGAUUCAUGUACCUUGCACAAACGCAUAGCCCCUUCUCUCUAUGUUGGAAAACUGGAAGGUUUCAACAUGUACCUUGUCAAUGGCUUUGCUUUACACAGCGUGGAAAUAUUUAACACAUGUACAACUGUGAAGAGAUAUUUUUUACUCUCAUGGGACAAUAAUGAUUGUGACUACGCUCGCUACCUAGAGGACAUCAUUGGCGACCCUUACGUGGAGAAUGCAAAACCUGGUAGUUUAAAUCAUCUUUUGUUAGAGGAUUGGAAAGCUGCUGGUUUACAGUGUCCACCGGAUCCUUUUGAAGGAGCUCUCUUUACUUCCACCAGCACCUUGGAGGCUAUGCACCAGCGUCAAAUGUGGCUUUCACUUGAUAUGUUGCACGAUACUGUUGGACGUUUCGCAAUACAACAGUUACACGUUUCACCAUAUAUUCUACGUUGGGCUCUAGGAAAUCCACGUAUGGUACAACGUGAUGGACGAUUUUUAUUUGAUACCUUACGUGGAAAGGGAAGCGCAGAAGUACUUGAAUUACUUUUUGAAGAAGAAAAACGGCACCUCACUACACCUCCCCGCAACUCGGCCUUUGUACUUGUCAAAAGCCAUGCCCUUUGUAGACCAUUUGCGAUGACAAUUGAAAUGAUAUUUUCUCGUGCUGACGUACGAAUUGAUGAAGAGGGUGAUUUAAGUGGUGGUGUUGUGCGUGCUCGUGGACUUGUGCACCAUCUAUAUGCUACUGCUUCAAGAUAUGCCGUACGUGAUGUAUCAACUAUACGACUUUGCAAAGGGGAAAAAGAUAUGGUGCGUCGAGAACUUGGUAUCAGUUGGGAUCAGAUGGUUUCGAGUGGCGUCAUUGUUAACGCUUAUCGUGCUCUAGAAGUUCUAGGUGGUAUCACACCACAACACCUUUACGAACGUUGGCGAUUAUCCAAACGAGUACUAACGAUUCGUCCUGAUCUUGUUGUUGCCGAGUUGGUAGAUAGCGGUAUUUUUGUUGUAAAUGGAUACUUUCCAGAGUUAAAGCAAUCUCUUGAAUCUGCCAAUGCGCUACUACAUUGGUAUGUUGUUUCAUGGGCAGAAGAAAGUAUGAGCUGGCCUACCUUCCUUGAACAGGUUGUAGGUGAUGAUAAUCCACAAGUUGCACUCCCAGAUAGUAUUCGUGGAGAACUUUUUCAACGUUGGAGAGAGUAUGGCCUUACUGCUACGCCUGAUUUAUUACGUAAUGGUCUCCACGUGAGUCAGGGUGCACUACAGGCAAUGCGAGAGCGCACUAAAUGUCUUCACUACAAACUAAAUGAAGAUUACCUCGGUGAUGUGAUGCUACGUCAUGGUGUACCUGAGAGAAUACUUCGUGUAUGGCUUGAUAAUCCAGAUGUUACUUCAGGAGGAGUGGAGGCAGGUGUGUUUGAGCACCUGCGGCACUGCGACACAUCACGUCUAUUAGUUUUACUAACAACUUUAACAGAAGAACUUCGCCGAGAAGAGGAUAGUAAUAAAGCAAAUGCUGCACGAAUUCCAGCUAUAGGGGAAAGUUUAGGUACUCAGUUUCGUGUGGUCGCAUCCAAGGUACCAAUAGAACAAGAACAAAGUCAACAGGAUCAACAAAAUCGAUGGAAAAUGACAGGGGAGGGGAAUGCUGCUGAGGUUCAUGAGCAAAGGAUUUUGCCACAUAGUAGUGAUGAAACCCUACUGUACCGUAACACCGCCGUUAUUAUUAUUAAACCCCACGCAUCUGAAAAUGUCAAGAUUAUAGGACAUUUAGAACGCAUUCUCGCCGAAAACAACAUUCGUGUGAAGCAAGAACUUCGCAAACAAAGUUGCCCUCGUCUUGUUGACAAACACCUCGCAUCUCCUAUGUAUUAUGCAAAACACAACUAUAUUCAGAAUUGCCCAGAAGUAACAGCGGAAGGUCGGGCCAAUUUUUUUAACUCUUUUGGUGAAGAGUGGGAUAGUGUGUUAUCUUCGCGACGUGUUCUUGGUGCCUUUGACGCUCUUUCCCGAUUUAACAUGACAGCGUCACAACUCUACGUGAAGUGGUCUCUACCUCAGCAGCAGCAUGUACAGUUGGCAUAUGAUAUGGAAGUGAUUAAAUUUCAUGCAGAAGGGGUUUAUGUGGUCAAUGCUAUUACACCCUUGGAACGGGAGCGUAUGAUUUCUUUAGGACAAGAAAUGCGGGACGUUCACUGCUAUGUAGUGAGCUGGGAUCAGCGUAAGUGUAGCUGGCACCAGUUUCUUCAUAAGGUUAUAGGUGACGUGGAUCCGGCUGAGGCAGAAAAGACAUCCCUGCGUGGUGUACUGUACCGUGAAUGGGAGGAGGUUGGCUUACCGUCGAGACCAAAUCGUAUUGACAACAUUGUGUUAGCUAGCGACGGACCACUGCAGGCUUAUGUGGAGCGUGAACUUUGGUGUGGCAGCGGCGAUAUGAUUCCAGAUCCACUCGUGCGCGCUGUUUGUUACAUGGACUAUGAUCCUGCGCAAUUGAUGGAAUGGAAGGAUAACCCAUUGGUGCGUUUGACGGGUCGUUCAACUCAUGAUGAGAAUGUGACAGGUCGCAUGUUCAGUUUUACCUUUGAACUUGAUACAAAGGAGUUUGUAGACCUUAUGAGUGAACGUGAUGGGUUUUUUGUUCCUAUUGCUCCAAUUUCAGAGGCUCUGACUGAUGAGCAGGAGGCUGGAGGUGAUGCAUUAAAACAGAUAGAAAGAAGGCGUAGUGCUGGGAGGAUCACUGGCAGACAUUCUCCUCUCUUGAUCUUUGAUGAUGAAAACAGUAGAUCUGGUGCGGGUCCCACAGAGUGGGUGCAGCAGGCGCUGUUGAAUGCCACGGAGGAGGAUGUGGCACGUCUGUGGGAGCACUACGGAGGAACAGUGGAUUGGGAGGAACGCGCGGCGGGUGGGAGCAGCGGGAGUGUGCCGACCUCCGGAGCUGCCGCUGCAGUUGGUAGUGAUGUCGUCCCUCCCAGUGGUCUACAUGGCUCUAUUAACGGUGAGGCGUUUCGCAAAGACAUUGAAUCCCUGGAUUGGUUUGGGUUACCAAUUCCCCAGAGUACUAUAAGGAAACUCUUUGAGGGAAUGGCGUGGCGCGGGGAUGGGCGAGCCACAUAUGAGGAGUUCCGUCUUGCUAUGGCAGUUUUACAACAGUUGUAA